AUGGCUGGCUACUCGCCCGUCCACAACCCCGACGCGCUAGCUUCACCUUCGAAAGGCGUCGAAGCAGGAAGGAUUGGACUAUCGGAAAAGUCAGGACAAUGGAAUCUGGACGUCAAUCAACAGCCUGUCAGAUCUGCCACAACCUUCGUCAUCCCACCGAGACAACCACGAUUUCGACAAUGGUGGCGUAGAAUCGGUCUUCUCGGCACGCUCAUCCUCACCGUUGGCACCGGCGCCAUUCUACUUUCCGUCGCUCUCCUUAUCUUUCUGUACCAAGGAGCUGAUAAAGCAAGGAAUCGGUAUCCCAGAUCUGAAUUCUGGGAUCAGAUCGUAUUCAAUGAGUGGGCUACGCGACUUGUUACCAUUUGCUCAGCCGUCAUUCGAGUUUCCAUGGGCUUUCAGAUCGGCUUUGCUGCUGCGGCUAUGGCGGCGGUGAUAUUGGAGACUUCGGGGAGUCAUUUUGUUGAUACGGCCAUGCUAUCCAUCCAACGAGCUGCAAGUUCUAGUGCUGGCCCUGGAAGUAUGAUCCCUACAGCCUGGCAACACAUCAAGGCAGGACGAGGUUCUGGAAUGCUGUACUUUGUCCUUCUUGCUUCAUCCUUCAUCAUCGCGUUAAUAUCGACAUUAACUUCCACUAUCAUUCUUUUCGACUUUGGUCAAGACCAAAUAUCCGCACCGGUUGCCACGAGUGUCACGGCAGUUGGAUUCGACACACAGGAGAUCUUUCCCUUCAAUGGCAUCUCAUACUGGAAAUCGCGACCACUUGCGCAUUGGCGUUUUGCAGAGACGCGACCGGCCAAGACGGAGACUGAGCUUCGGACGGAGAAUGCGAUUGAUACAGGAGAUGUUUACAGAGCUAUGCUCCCGUUUGAUAGCGCUGAGGAUAGAACAAGUCUUGAGUUCUAUGAAGGGCCUGCUGUGGUUGUCAAUCAGCGAACGGCCUGUUUCGGUCCGACAUUUAACAGUACGGUACUCAAGUAUCAGCAGAGUGACAGUGAGGUCACUAGUGGAUUGUAUCUCAACGCUAGCUUUGCGGUGGAAAACCAGACGGACUUCCUCGGAUCGUCGUCGAACAUCCCUCAAAACACCAUUUGCAGAGUCCACAACGAGUGGAACACCACACACCACAAUAUUAUGCCCAUAGCCUUAUGCAGCAGCCAAGCAAAUGCUGUCUCCAUACACAAUGGGACCAAGAAUCCUCUCUCUGGCUGGGCGUACAGCUUUAACUCAGUGGUACUCAUCAGCUCAGGUUCAGCAUUGAACGGACUUGAACCGAAGACUGGUCCCAAGACUGGAAAACCUUCCAAGGUUGAAAUACCAGAUAAGCUCCAGAAUCUGACAUUUAGUCACUAUGGGCCCUGGACGAUGGCUCACACAGCUGAUGGUAUGGAAGCCUUCAACGCUACCAUAUGCUACAUCAGUCAAAAUCUGCCUCAUCGAUACAACGUUACCAUGUCUGGACGGGCUAUCGACGCUGAGCCGGAGUCUUUGUACGAGUGGUCUGACAUCACAACUGAGGGGAAUGGCACUAGCAUUCUGGAACAGCUAGGCGCUGGUCUCUCCUCUGAAAACAAGAAGAACCGAGGAAUUUUGGAUCUUGAAGUUCAUUCGGACCCAGAGCCGUGGGCUGAUCCUAGCGAGGCGGGUAAGAUCCAGAGUGGGUAUGCUCUGCUGUGGACCACGCUCGUGGAAUAUUCCCUCCUGGGAAGUUGGAGCUUUGCAGGCAGAAUCAUGACCAACAGUAUCCUGUCACAAUUCAUAUGGCCAACUCACCCCGAGCACGCUGCUGUAGUCCAGAACAUCAUCCAACAAAAAGGCGACCCCGCACAAGCAAUGCAAUCACUCGUUUUCCGCUUCUACCAGAUGCUGUACUACGACUGGCUCCCCAACUACAAGGCAACUCACGAGGUCACGACCAUCAAUGCCAAAAGUGUACUCAUUCCUGAGAAAUGGACUGGUCUUGUCGUCGUCUUGGCUAUCAUCGUUUUGCACUUUAUUGUGACAGCUGCGACCAUGUAUCUUUUUGCUCAGAGGACUACAUCUUCGCUUUUAGGUAACGCUUGGCAAGCUGUUUCGCAGAUGGUGUCGCCUGAGACGCAGGAUGUUAUUCGGGCUGCCGGUGGUGAGGGUAUGAAGGAUAAGGAAGUUGCACAAUUGGUCAAGGCGGUGGGAAGGGACAAUGAGGCCUAUAUCGUUUCAAGUGGUGUGGACAAUGGAAGGACAGAGUUACGAGCUCGUUAG